AUGAGAGACAGAACUAGAAACAGUGAUCCUGGAUCACUCUCUGACCAUUCGAGUAAUACUCAACCUCCGGGUCAACAACAACAACAACAACAACAACAACAACAACAACAACAACCACCUUUUGUAGCGUAUAGAGCUAAAUUUCCUUCAACUGUUUCGCAAACCUCAUCGCAUGGUGCAGUCAGCUUUGAAGACUAUGUCCACUAUGCUGCACCCAAAUCACUAAACAUCAGAUCCAUCUUCCCUCCCUCGGCUGUCACUUUGGGAAGAAACGCAUUUGACAGGUAUGGCGACCUCAUUUCUGAUUUUGAAAUCAUAUCAUGCAAUGGAGAUAGGAUACCAGUAUCGAUGCGGGUGUUGAUUGACAGAUGGGGCAAAUACUUUGCACACAUCUUGGCAAAAGGGUACGUGAUAGCUGUAGACCAGUUUGAAUCUGGUGCUACACCAACCCAUUCCAAUAUCUUGCAGAAUACCAAACGUACUCAUCAACAAAGCCAAGAAGAACAUGAAUAUGGACUUGGACGUGGAGAUGGACACGAAGAUAGACAUGGAGAUUUAAAUGUAAAUGUUAAUGUAAAUGCUCAAACCAUUAAGGAUGCCCCUCAUUUCCGAAUACCUUUCCAAACAUCAAACGAAAACUUGAAUAUUGACUUUGCAGAGCAAAGAAGGGCAAAGUCCUCUACGUCCUCUGCGUCAUCGGUAUCAAUUGAUCCUCAGCAAUUGGAGAAACAGGAUCCAUCUUUCAUAGCAGCAACAGCAGCAACCACAGCAGCAGCAGCCACCAACACCACUACUGAUACCAUCACUACUGACACUACUGCUCCUGUUGCUAAUGCUGCAACUAGUAAUACCACCACCACUACCACUAGCUUCUCUUCUCCACCAGUGCUAGACAGCUUGAUCAAUACACAAUUGAAAGAUAUUCCACCACAAAAACCAUUGCCUAGAGAACAGCUCCCACCAGUACCGUCGGCUCCAACUUCAUAUAGGAUGUCGUCCCCACGAGCAUCGCUUUUGCACACACUAUCUGUACUACGAAACAUACCCGCGUCAAGGUCACCCAAAGGUUCACCAUUUGCAUCACCAAGAGCUUCCUUAUCUGCACCAUCUGGCCCGGCACCAGGAUCAAACACGGGCUCGUCACCAUUGCAUCACGACUUGAGUCUGUCUCUCCCCAAUAUGAGACCGAGUUUUAGCAGGUCUAACUCGGAUUUGAAGCUCUCCUCGACGUCUACUGCAAGCACAAGAGGCGAAAGGUUGAGCCAUGCAGAUAUUUCAAGUGGAGAUGGUGGCAAUUUCUACAGAGAGAGGAGUGACACAUUGGAUGAAGAAGGGGAGGUUUCGGACGAGGAGCCCCAGUUUGAAAACUAUGCUAUGGAACCAUCUUUGAUACCUAGGAAAUUGUAUAUCCCAUUUACAACGACGACAGUACGAGCAUUUUGCGAGUUUUUGUAUACUGGCCAGAUUGGCAACCGGUGGCAAAUAGCACCAACGCUCUUGGACAAUUUCCUUAUUGGCAAGUUCUACAAGGUGUCGACACUUUACGAUCUUGUGAGGGACACGUUGGUGAAUAUCAUUGGUAGGAAAGAGCAAUACUAUAUGGAGAUUAAUGAUGAGCGGAUCAGUGCGCAUUUGAAGUUUAUAUCUUCUAUUGAUGCCGGAGAGGUGGAUUACGACUUGAUGGAGAAGGUUUCAGAUGUAUGUGCAGCCGCCAAUAAUUUCGAUGGUGCUAAUACAGGCAAUGGCAAUGGUAGUGGUGGUAGUGGUGGUGGUGGUGGUGGAAGUAGCAAUAACGGUGAUAAUGAUGAUGAAGGAAGUAGUAGUGACGGUGGUAGUGAUCGUAGUAGUGAUGGCCACAAAGGUGGGUUUGGGUUGGAGUACCUUGAUGCUGAGAGUUUAGCUGCACCCAAGAUUGGACCACGUAAUAGGCUGGUAUUCGAUAGACCCAAGUAUGACUACGAUGAGGAUGAGGAAGAGGAGGCGGAGGAUGGUGUUGCGAAACAUAGUAAGCUCAAUACAGUCACUGUUGAGGAGGCAGUUGACCCGGAAUCUGCCGUGCCGCUGGAUAGUAUCAUCGAUGCAAUUUACGAGUCCUGUGUGCUAGUUGGCGAUAUGAACUUGUUUUUGCGUUGUGCAAACUUGAAGAUCAUAAAGUCCUUGUUGCAAUGA